UUCUUCUUCAAAUUCCAUCAAAUUCACGUUCAACAAUGGGUAGGAAGAAGAAGUUCAUCGACAAGAAAAAAGCAGCAACUUUCCAAUUAAUCUCUCGUGAUUCCUCCGAUCCCAAUUACUCCGAAGGACCCUCUGGUGACAGAGUGUUCGUCAGAGUUGAUGGUAACUCGGAGAAAGCCUUUUUCGACGAACACGACGGUGAACUGAAUGAGGAGGAAGACCCUAAUGGAAUAUUUGAUGACGCUCCUGAAGAUAACAGCGGUGAAGAAAUGGGUGGCCAGGGUGAGAGUUUUGAGAAACAGACGACGGGGGGACGACUGGGAGGAGGAUCUUCAUUGCCUGAUCAUGUGAGGAGGGAGAUAUUGGAAUUAGGUUUUCCUGAUGAUGGGUACAAUUACUUAUUUCAUCUCAGGGAAAUUAGGAAUGGCGGAGGUGGUUCAUCGUUUUACCAGAACCCUAAGGUCAGGCUUGACCAGCUACCUCGUGAUGUAAAGGCAUAUGAUGCAUCUAGAAUUGACGUCUCUAAGGCAAACGAUGAUGAUUCCUACCAGAAGUCAAUUUAUGGCGUUGCUGUUAAAACUGUUCCUGUGAGGAUUCAGAAAGCAAUUGAUCCUGAAGUGGCUGCACUGCUGGACGAUAGUGGUUCAUCACGGUUUGGUUCAGAUGUUGAAGACUUGGAAGAGGAUUUUGUUUUCAAUGCGAAUCUUGCAGAUGAAUCAGAAGACGUAGCACUUGAUAAGAAGUUAUGUUUGGCAGAAGAAUCCAAUGUGAACAGCAAGGAAGAAGAAUAUGAUACUUAUCACUCACAUGAUAAUGUUCUUGUUGGUUCUGAAACUUUGGUUGUUGGAAAGCCUAGAGAAAGUCGACCUUUGGAUGAACAGUUUGAUCUGCUUGAACUUCAGGAAUAUGGUACAGAUAGCGAAGAUGAAUAUGAUAGAGCCUUAUCCGAAGAUUAUGAGUGUCAUGACUCUCUUGCAGUGAAGCUCAAUCAUGACUCUUUGGACCGUGCAAUUGAUAGCUUGGAAAUGGAUGGAAAAUAUAAAGUUUUGUUGCAUGACAAAAAGUUAGCAGAAGAGCCCAUCUCUCUUGAAACUGCAUCUGAUCUGAUACCUCGGUGCAUCCAAUAUGCUAAAGAACAGUAUGAAAAUGAAAAUGAUAAGGAAGAGGUGAUUCUAGAGGAAAGCAGCGAUGAAUCAGAAACAUGGGAUUGUGAGACUAUCAUAACUACAUACUCAAAUCUUGAUAACCAUCCUGCAAAGAUUGAAGCCCCAGGGGGACGGAGAAAAAAGAAGUUGACUGAAACGGUCACCAAGGCGUUUACGGCUCCCACUCAUGUAAUUUCUCUAAAAGGAAAAGAAAAGCUCCCAGUGGACUUUUUGCCUCACAGUAGGACUGCUGCUACAGAAGCUGCGAAAGAUAGGAGUAAACCGAAGAUUGUGCAGCCACAGAGGAAGAAACUUGGUCAAGAAACAAAGGAAGAAAAGAAAGAGCGGAAGGCUGCGGUGAAGGAGGAAAAACGAGAGGCACGACGUGCAAAAAAAGAUUUGAAAGAGUUAUACAAGAGUGAAGCUCAGCAUGCUCAGAAAGUUGCUGCUUUCACUGGCCCAUCUUCAAUUCAUCUUAUGUAAGAUGUCACCAUCAACUAGUUUUCGAAAUGCUUAAAGAAAUUUUAUUUCUAUGCUUCGUUGUUCGCUUACCUCCCAUUUUUCUGAAAUUUUUUUCUUGAAUCUUUGGUUUGAUCCAGUUUGGUAUAUGACCAUUUGGGUAGUUGUAAUUGUAAAAAUAUGAAGAUGGUAUGAGUUAUAAACAUCUAAAUUUGUAUUUGUAGACAAUGCAUUGAUAGAUAUACAUCCUUUUGGUUCAUAUAUAAA